UCAGCAGCCUUCCAGCUCAGUUAGGGCGGGUGUAAAUUGCGUAAUCAGUUUCACAAGCAUUGUGUGUUCCGCUGGUAGCUUUUAUCAAACUUUAACGGCGUUUCUGCGGUUUUAAAGCUCACAUUUGUAGCUUUGCAUCACAGAAGGUUGAAAGCAGCGUCCGUUUAUGGUGUUGUUUGGUGUUAUUAAAGCGACGCUGUGAGCAGGUUGGUGAAUGUAGCCCUCAGUUAGCUCCAGCAGAGGCUAAUCGGAGACUGCUAACCGGAGGAAAAUGAACCAUAAAAGUAAGAAGAGAAUAAAAGAGGCGAAGCGAAGCGCCAGGCCCGAGCUGAAGGACUCCCUAGACUGGAUGAAACACGGUUAUUAUGAGAACUUCGACGUGUCGCACCGAACCGUAAAGGACAACGUGGAGCGCGUGGACGCCCUGCGCCUCUCUCCAGAGGAGUUCAUCGCGCGCUUCGAGCGGCCCUACAAGCCCGUGGUGCUGCUCAGCUGCCAGGAGAGCUGGCCGGCCCGCGACAAGUGGACGCUGGAGCGCCUCAAACGCAAAUACCGCAACCAGAAGUUCAAGUGCGGCGAGGACAACGACGGCUACUCGGUGAAGAUGAAGAUGAAGUACUACGUGGAGUACCUGGAGUCCACCAAGGACGACAGCCCGCUCUACAUCUUCGACAGCAGCUACGGCGAGCACGCCAAGCGCCGCAAGCUGCUGGAGGACUACGAGGUGCCGCUCUUCUUCAGGGACGACCUCUUCCAGUUCGCCGGCGAGAAGCGCCGCCCUCCCUACAGGUGGUUCGUGAUGGGUCCGGCCCGCUCCGGCACCGGCAUCCACAUCGACCCGCUGGGCACCAGCGCCUGGAACGCCCUGGUCCAGGGCCACAAGCGCUGGUGCCUGUUCCCCACCAACACGCCGCGGGAGCUGAUCAAGGUGACCCGGGAGGAGGGGGGGAACCAGCAGGACGAGGCCGUCACCUGGUUCAGCCGCAUCUACCCCAGAACCCAGCAGCCCACCUGGCCGGCCGAGUUCCGACCGCUGGAGAUCCUGCAGCGGCCCGGAGAGACCGUGUUUGUGCCGGGCGGCUGGUGGCACGUCGUCCUCAACCUGGACACGACCAUCGCCGUCACUCAGAACUUCGCCAGCACCACCAACUUCCCCAUCGUCUGGCACAAGACGGUCCGGGGCCGACCCAAACUCUCCAGGAAGUGGUACCGGAUUUUGAAGCAGGAGCGGCCGGACCUGGCGGCGCUGGCGGACGAAGUGGACCUGCAGGAAUCGACGGGCAUCGCCUCGGACAGCUCCAGCGACUCUUCAUCCUCGUCAUCGUCGAGCUCGUCCGACUCCGAUUCUGACGGGGAGUCGGGCUCUGAGGGCGACGCCUCGUCUCACCGCAGGAAGAAGAGGCGGACCUGCGGCACGGCGGCCAACGGAGACACCAGCAGCCAGGACGACUGCGUGAGCAAGGAGCGCUGCUCGUCACGGUGACCCGCGGCGAGGCUCCGCCCCCUGAGCGGCGGGGGCUCCGCCUCCUGAGCGGCGGGGGCUCCGCCUCCUGAGCGGCGGGGGGGCGCCGGCCAGCUGUGGAGAUAAGAUGGCUGCUGCAGAGAGGCGGGGCGCAGAUAAGGGGGGUCCUGAGGGGCCCACGGUGCUUUUAACUGGGAUUCAUGUGUUUGUGUCCUCUGAGAAGACAUGGAGGACGUCAGCCGGACUGGUCCUGGGGGGGGGGGGGGGGUAAAUCACCUGUACUGACCCAUUCAGGCGAUCCAGCUGCGGUUCUGGUCUCACUUGGGUCAAAUGUGGAGGAAAGCGACGACACUCUGACUCUUCCUCCUCGCCGUCAUCAGCGCCGCCUCCCGCUCAGAAACAUGAACGUUGCCGUGGGAAACGUUGCCGUGGGAAACGUUGCCGUGGGAAACGAGCAGCGGCGGGUUUUUCCUGAACGCGGCAGCAGAACUUCCGGUUCUGGGGAAAUGGUUUUUAAAGUUGUGCCAAAAAACAGAAACUGAUUUUAAAUCGUCUCGCUCCUGAAGAGACUCGCUGUCUGACUGUUGGGUUUAUUUUCUGGGCAAAGUGCCACAAUAAAAAGCCUUAAAAUAAAGAGUUUCAGAU